UCAAGACUGCGUGCUACGUGCUUUCCCAGCCGUUGAUUUCCUCCUUGUUUCAUCUUCGAGCAGUGCCUCUUUCCCGGUCUUCACUCCGCGCGUUGAUUCUUUGUUAAGCCGGCGUAUCCUCACCGUUCCUGCCAUUUGAUCCUUCGAAUUAUCGCAGCUGCAGGUUAGGCACUCCAAGGGCAGGAGCUAAGGACACGUGAAAGUCUUUCAGAUAUCAAAAGGAAAGAAGCAAGGAGGAACAGAGGAAGGAAGCCAGCCCUUCAUCCAACAUGCCUCGCACCACAAGGAGACGCCAGGUCGAAGCUCCCUCUACAGCUCAGCCUAUCAGCAACUUCACCCGCGUCUCCAAGAGCCAGGCGUUCCCCGACACCACCAAGAAGGACGUCGUCGUCUCCCGCAGUGAAUCGACGAGGAAGAGGAAAGCCACCGUUGACGAAGCUGAGGGCAACCACGCUCGAGUCACGAGAAGGACCAUCUCUUUCCCCCCGAGCAGCGAUGACGAACUGGUGGCAGCUACACCGUCGAAGCGCGCGUGUCGGAGAGUCUCGUCAGAUGAGGCGGCCCUGAAGGCGGAGGCCCCGGUCAAGGGCAAGAAGGUCGCCAAGCCGACGCCUUCACGCGCCGCUGUUGCGCACAAGCCGAGCGAGUCAACCAUCAUCGCAAAGUCCAAGCAAGACGUCAGGACCAAGACUGUGCAGACAAAACUCGACGCGUUCCGUCUGGCCGGCCAGAAAAAGGAACAAGGCAAGACGUCAGGCAUCGAUUCCGAAUUCGCACCUGAGCUGGUCGACCUGAUCCGCCUCCACAAGGCUUUCCUCAAGAUUAUCACCCUCCAGAUCGCACACAGCGGAACCAUUGCGCCCAUUGACAUCUCAUCCAUCACACCCAACAUCUCACGCUCCUGGGGCAAGCGACAGGUUACAGUCGACGACAUCCGAAGAUGCAUUGCCAUCCAGACUUCAACACGAGCUGCCGAUGUCGUCUCGCCCUUCAUCGUGUCCGACUAUGGCCGUGGCAAGAUCUGCGUAGAGCUGCAUCCCGACCAUACCAAUGGCGCAGUUUCCAUCAACGAAGAUCGUCUCUGCAGACAGUUCGAGGAGAAUCUCCGCGACCUUUGCGCUGGCCGAGCCCAUGGUGACAGGGCCGACGAUGUGGACGUGCCUCUGGCCAGCUUGACUCUGGAUGAGCUGCCCCGCGCUGAAAUCAGAAACAUGGACACUGGCAUCAAAGCCAACCCAAUCCUUACCAAGGGACACAAUGCCCUGUCAGCGCUCAAGGGAGGAAUGCUGGCAAAGCAGCAAAAGAAGGAGUCCAAACAGCAGGCCGCUACCGCCAUGGUGAACCCCGACGGCACGAAAAUGAGCCUGCUGGACCGUCUACGAUACAAGCAAAUCGCCAAAGCCAACGAGCCUCUCCCGCUUUCAGGACCAGAGCUCCAGCGCCGAGCGGCCCUGAACCGCGUCAUCGACGUCGCCGCGACGAUCUCCAUGCUCAGCCUGGCUAACCCGGCCUCUCUGCCACGACAGGCCUUCACCAUGGGGCUCAUCUCGGACAAGCUCAAGGACUCUCUGCGUGUUCCCCUUUCAAAGGAAGAGGGAAUGAUUUGCGUCCGACUGAUUGCCAACGAAGUGGCACCAGAGUGGCUCAAGGUGGUCACCAUUGGCGGAAGGGAGAACGUUGUUGUUCAGAGGGGCUCGCAGCCUGUUGAUCGGGUACUCCAGGAGCGAGUACAGAAGCUGCUGGCAUAAUGGAACGGGCUGAUUCCGAAUUAUCUACCUUGGCGUUUCGCACACCGUCCAACACCCGGACACGACACAGAGGAAGGGGAAAGGUUUCUACAUUGUUGAAUCAGAAGAGGGUGCAGCAUGCUUACAUGGUUUCAUUCAUUACAUUGCGCUGCAUUUUGUUGGCACUUUAUAUACUUACAGCAGGGGAGGAAAUGUUCUACGAGCUUCCGAUGUACAAGAUGAUGCAUGCGCUGGAGUAUGGAGUUUUGCAUAGACAAUAA